AUGAUCACCUAUGGAGCCCGCAAGGGCACAGGACCCAGAGCACCCGAAUCCAUCUCUGCCCCCGUAUGCAUCUGGGAUGAGUACAUGGUGACCGAGGACGAAUACCCCGGCACCGAAAACCCUUGCAAUCAGAGUGCUCCCUUCGAAGAAGGCACCGACCACGACCACGACUCCGAGACCGAGAGCGAUGUUCAUGCUCCUCCUCCUCCUCCUGCUACAAAAUCUAUGAAAGCGCCUCCCCCUGCUGCUGCGGCUCUUCCUGCUGCAGCGGCUCCCGCUAGUGGUAGCAAGAAUCCUACCGGAAAGGUCCCAAACGGCAGCAAGACCGGAAACGCUACAAAGAGCGUCCAGACGGAUCCUACCACCGCCGGCGAUAUCGCUGCGACCAAAGCCGUGCCCUUGUCCUCUGCGAUCUUUAUCGACGAGUACGCCUUCGACGUUCCUACAAAUCCGGUGGAGUGUUUCCAGAAGGUGCGGCAGCAGGUCAUUGCGUCGUACCGUGCCGUGGCGGCAAGGAGGGGGACUGACAGGGAUUUGGCUGUGGUCAUGGGGAGUGGAUCCGUGGACGGAGUAGGUGGUGUUCAUGGCGGGGGUCGUGGUGGGAGGAAGAGAGCGGCUGGGGGCGGGAGGGGCGGGGAUGUGGAGGAGGGGAGGAAGGUGAAGAGGUGA